AUGGGCAUAGAGAAUGUUACUACGGCUUUAGGGAAUGUUACUACGGGCAUAGAGAUUGUUACUAUGGCCUUGGGGAAUGUUACUAAGACCACAUGGAAUGUUACUACGGUCAUAGGGAUUGUUACUACGGCCUUGGGGACUGUUACUACGGGCAUAGGGAAUGUUACUACGGCCUUGAGGAAUGUUACCACGGCCUCAGGGAAUGUUACUAAGACCACAUGGAAUGUUACUACGAGCAUAGGGAGUAUUAUUAUGGCCAUAGGAGAUGUUACUACGGGCACAGAGAAUGUUACUACGGCCUUAGGGACUUUUACUACGAACAUAGGGAAUGUUACUACGGACAUAGGGAAUGUUACUACGGCAUUAGAGAUCUUUACUACGAACAUAGGGAAUGUUACUACGGGCAUAGGGAAUGUUACUACGGCCAUGGAGAAUGUUACUACGGCCUCAGGGAAUGUUACUACGGGCAUAGAAAUGUUACUACGGGCAUAG